AUGUCGUCAUUUCGCGGCCGACGUUCUAAUUGCAAUGAGCAUCAUUUGGUAAAUGUGGACAAUGACGAGCGAUAUGAAGAAGCGAUUCGAUUACUGAAUGGUUUACAAUCAAAUGCUGCCACAAUAAAGAAAAUGCGCGAGCAAAGAGAACAAAUGCAAUCGAUGAAUGUGCCGCAAUGUAGAAAGUUCUUGGACUGCAUGGGAAUUACUUCGAAAGAUGUUGAUAAUCUUCAUAUUAUUCAUAUUAGCGGAACUAAAGGAAAAGGCAGUACAAGUGCUUUCGUCGAGCGAAUCCUCCGAAGCUCUGGAUUACGCACAGGAAUGUACACGUCGCCGCAUCUUGUCCAUGCGAGGGAGCGAAUUCGUCUUGACGGUGUGCCUAUCGACGAAUACACAUUUUCGACCGAAUUUUUCGAUGUUUACCAUUGCUUGAAAUCGAAAUAUGCUGACGACAUGCCAGCUUACUUCAAGUUUUUGACACUUCUCGCCUUCCAGAUAUUCGUUAAAGACAAAGUUGAUGUUGCCAUUAUUGAAGUCGGAAUUGGUGGGGAAUACGAUUGUACCAAUGUGGUCGAGAAUCCUUCUGUUUGCGGAAUAACAACACUUGAUUAUGAUCAUAUAUCCAUACUUGGUUCAAAACUGUCGGAAAUCGCUUGGCAUAAAGCUGGUAUUUUGAAGAAUAACUCGAUUGCCGUAUAUUCGCCAACUACUGAUGAAGCUUUUGAGGUAAUCAAAAAACGCGCAGCUGAGAAAAAUGCACACAUUUUUGAAGCACCUCCUCUUUCUGAAUACAAGUGGCCUGACAAAGCUUCAAUUGGAAUUGCAGGCGAUCAUCAAAAAUUGAAUGUGUCUUUGGCCCUUCAACUAGCCAGAAUCUGGACAUGUCUGAACUGUGCUCUGUUGAACUACGUUAUUUUUCCUAUGAUGCCAUGGAAAGCAGGCGAGCCAUUCAGAAUUCCUGUAGAAUGGGCCAAUGCUAUUAGAGAAUGCAAAUGGCCAGGUCGAAGUCAAAUUGUGAAAUGUGGCCGAAUCACUUAUCUUCUGGACGGAGCACAUACUCCAAAAAGUAUGGAAGCAUGUGCUCAGUGGGCUUCGAAAGAAAUGAAGCAGUUACCAAGCAACACCGAUAAGAUUCUUUUGUUCCAAUGUACUGCUGAUCGCUGCCCAACAUCUUUGCUUCCAUAUGUCAAGCCACUCGGAUUCUCAAAACUCUAUUCCUGUCCAACACGUCUCCACGUUGAACCGAGCAAAUCGUCAGAUAUCACCAAUUUGAACAUGUCGGAUGUCGAGCAGCUCAACAAAUCGAAUCAAUGCGUUUCAGCAUGGCAGGAGCACGAGCCAAACCGCAAUGAUAGUUGUGUAUUCGAUUGUAUUUCGAGAGCAGUGAAUUGUAUAAAACGCGAAGGAGAAAACAAGGAUUUAGUUGUUUUAGUCACUGAUGGACCACAACUAUCGGAUUUUAUACAUCAAAGCCGAAAAAAGCGGCAAAGUGCGAUAAUUCCAUCAAUUGAAGAAACGAGAGAAUAUUUAAACAUGGACGAUCUAAAAGGAAAUGGACGCACUGUAUGUUAUGUAACAUACGGAUGCCAAAUGAACGUGAGUGAUAUGGAAAUUGUUCGAUCGAUAAUGUCAUCUUAUGGAUAUACUGAAUCUGAUGAUAAAUUCACGGCUGAUAUAGUUCUUCUGAUGACAUGCUCAAUUCGAGAAGGAGCUGAAAAGAAAGUUUGGAAUCGAUUGAAGCAGAUUCGAUUCAAUUCGCAAAAUAAAUCACAAAUCGUUGGGGUUUUGGGGUGUAUGGCAGAACGAGUACGGCAUGACUUGCUCGCUAAGAAAGAGCUUGUGAGUAUUGUGGCAGGACCGGAUUCGUAUCGAGAUCUACCUCGUUUGAUCGCAGUCGCACGGGGCGGAUCAAGCGCAAUUAAUGUGCAAUUAUCGCUGGAUGAAACGUACGCGGAUGUGCAGCCAGUUCGAGUUGAUGUCGACUCGAAGACAGCGUUUGUAUCAAUUAUGCGAGGAUGUGACAAUAUGUGCACUUAUUGUGUUGUGCCAUUUACACGUGGAAGGGAAAGAAGUCGUCCGAUUGAAUCGAUUGUCGAUGAAGUAGCCAGAUUGCGCGACGAAGGAUUCAAGCAGAUUACCUUGUUGGGACAGAAUGUUAAUAGUUAUAGGGAUAUGACGAACAUUGACUUUUCGCCGUCAACAUCGUCUGAUGAACGUGUUCCAGGAUUCAAAACGGUUUACAAACCAAAAGUCGGCGGGAAAACCUUUACAACACUUCUGGAACGAGUCUCAACAAUUGCACCCGACGUACGAUUUCGGUUCACUUCUCCUCAUCCCAAGGAUUUUCCGAUGCCCUUGAUUGAGCUCAUCGCGGAACGAAAAAAUCUUUGUAAGCAGCUUCAUCUUCCCGCGCAAAGUGGAGAUGAUGAAACACUGGAGCGAAUGGGUCGCGGAUACACCAGAGAACUCUAUUUGAAGCUUGUGGAGGAUAUCCGAAAAGUUGUUCCAGAAGUGUUCCUCACCAGCGAUUUUAUUGCCGGAUUUUGUGGAGAAACCGAAGAAGCUCAUCAAAGGACUCUUGAAUUGAUAAGAACAGUCAAGUAUUCGUUCUGUUAUGUAUUCCCGUAUAGUAUGAGAGGCAAAACUCGUGCUCAUCAUCGACUCACAGAUGACGUUCCAGAAGAUGUUAAGCAGCGGAGACAUCACGAAUUGAAUGAGACAUUCAGGGAACAAUCAACGAUUCUUAAUCAAUCACUCAUAGGAUCUUCUCAAAUUGUUCUCGUCGAAGGAAUGUCAAAACGCUCUCCAGUUCAUUUUCAAGGUCGAAUCGAUGGAGGAGUCAAAGCAAUUUUCGAUAACUCAAAGCUACAAGCACAACCAGGAGACUACGUUCACGUCAAGAUUACAGAUGCCAAUUCGCAGACACUUCAAGCGGAUAUCAUCUAA